UUUGUUUCCAUAUUCUGCUGCUGCCGGGGGUUUUGGCGAUAGAUUGAAAGUUAAAUAUUGUUUGAGAAAAAGCAUUCACGAGUAAUCCAAGAUGUCUGAAGACAUUCCUAAGGUUGUUAUCAGGUCUGGCCCCCAAAACCCACAACCUGGAGUACCAGGAGGUCCCCCGUCAGCUGGAGGGCCAGGGGGUCCACCCCGACCGGAGUCAAACAAGAGACUGCAGCAGACUCAGGCACAGGUUGAUGAGGUGGUUGAUAUUAUGCGAGUAAAUGUAGACAAAGUAUUGGAAAGGGAUCAGAAAAUUACAGAACUGGACGACAGAGCUGAUGCAUUACAAGCGGGUGCUUCACAGUUCGAAGCAAGUGCUGGAAAACUGAAGAGGAAAUAUUGGUGGAAGAACUGCAAGAUGAUGAUUAUACUCGGAUCAAUAAUUGCUGUUAUUAUAAUCAUAAUUAUUGUGUGGGUGGUUACUUCACAGAAGAGUGAUUCAAAUUCCCCUCCUCCUGCUCCUGCUCCUGUUGCUUCUACACCAUCUCCAUAAACCUGUUACGGUCAUCUGCAAGGGGAGAUAACUGUAUGGGUGUGUACUCGUACAAUAUUAGUCAUCACUUUCUGACAUGGGUGUUUACAUCAUUUUAAUAAAUGUAUGUGUAUCAUCUUACAGGAAAAUCAUUCCAGAUCAUAGUAAUGUUUUGUGUUCUAGAUAAUGUGACAGUUUCAACUGUGGAAAAGAAAUAGUACAUUUUGUUGUCAAUUGUUUGUUUUUUUAAUAUAUAUAAUUAUAAAUAAAUCAAGUAUUUUAAAAACCAGAAAAAAUUAAUUGAAACUUUUUUCUUUUCUAUUUUCUUUUAAUUGCUAGAAUGGUGUCUUUAUUUGUACUAUAAGAAUUAUGUAGUUGGAAGUCUUGUUGUAUGCAUCAGAUUGAAUAUUUACCAUUAUUAUUUAAAAUCAAAUAAAAUAUUUAUAAAGGAUCAUUGUUGGACAUAAAUAUGUGCACUGCACUGUUUGGCUUGCAGCUUUAGUGUCAAAUUUCCUCCAAGUUCUGGCUUCAGUUCAGAAUAAUGAGUUGAUUCUCCAGUUUAAUCAGGUGGGAAGAAAUUUGAAACUGGUUUAAAUUAAAAGCCACCAGCAGAAUUUCUACCAACAACAUUAAGUCGUCGUUUUAUCAAAUGAAAAUUAGCUUUUUGUCUGCACCACGCAGUUAUAAUACAAUGGUCUCUUCUGCAUUAUGCAGUUGUUGCACCAUAUACAAGAAUAUUGUACAGAUAUUACAUUCACUAUGACAUUAUGCCUACUAUAAUAUAAUUCAAAUCGCCCAGAGUUUCAUACAUUAUUUACACUCACUGGAAAGUUGUAUGAUGGUUGUACUACAGUAUACAAUUAUUACCCAUACUGCACAAUUAUAAUAUUUCCUUUCCCAGCAUUGUUUCUACAGUUGUUACUAAAACACUAUCGCUCUUCUCUAUAUUAAGUCUUUAUCUAUUGUUAAAUUCUGCAAGAUUUGUUUUACACUUGCAGUAUGGCUAUCAGUAUAUGUAUGUGCACAUGAAGCAUGAACAAACAUUUUUAGUAGUCGAGCAAUACAAAGAAAUCACACUUCUGUGUGAAAGACCAUCACCCACAUUAUCCACCCUGCAGAAAGCUGAUUUAAUUUAAUGUCCACACAGUGUCUAGCUGUAUGUAAAGUGUAACCAGAAAAUUCACCGACUAGCUGUAUGUCAAUUAUAUACAGCUUUCACACAUUUCAAAUUAUACAUAUUUUUGUAUAUACAUUAUAAUUUCAUGUUUUCUUUUUUUUAAAUUUAUUUACAUGGAUUUUUUUUGUACUUUUUUUUUUUUUUUUUCCCAACAUGUGAAUAUUGUACUAAUAAUGGGUUGUUUGAUGGAAUACAAAUUGUUACAAUUGGUGGUGCAUGUAACUUGUAGACAAACACGCAUUAAUCAGUCUGUCUGGCAUAAUCACUGGCCACACCAAGGUCAACAACCGAACUGACAUGAUGCAUUGACAAACAAUACACCAGAUAUUUGGCACUGCCAGGUGGUGAAUUGUGACAGCAGUAUGUACACUUUAAGUAUCUGUUAAAAGCACCUUCACUAAAACCAGGGCUGUAUGUUAUCACUUGUCCAGGACAGUUGGUUUUGGGUGUGGGACAUGGAAAUUGUUCUAACAUCAUAUUGACAAAAUGAUAAUUUUGCUGUGAUACCUAUGUUUUAAAUGAGACAACAGUUAAAUAUGACCGGACUCUUGCAAAAAAAACAAAAACACCCCAAAACUUCGAAUGGGAAAAUAUCCACUCAGAUGGGAUAAGCAGAAAUAGAAAGGAACGUGUGUAGAACAGUUGGAAGACCACAAGUAAUAUCGGCCUUGAAGACCUUGUUAAGUGACUACAUGUACAUGUAAAGUUAUGUUGUGUACAAUAGACAGCUUUAAUCAGGUAUAUAUUAUAUAUAGCAAUGACAAAAUAUGCUGUGAAAGAUUCAACAGGAUUUCUAGUGUUGAGACCAAAUUGACUGGUUUAUGUACAGUUAAUUCGACCAGUAUGUGAUAUUGUUUUUAUAUUUUGCGAUCAGGCUGAACAAGAUGUUUGUCAACAAGAAAAUGGUAUUGAGGAUAUAUCCGAGCUUCUUCAUGCCAAAACAUGGUUUGCGGUGGUCCAUCGCUUACAUGUUCAUUAUUAUGUAAAAGCAUUGUGUGUGAUUUCUCUUCCAUGUAUUGUGAUGUACCCGGUAUUAUAGUGGAGCUUUUGCAAAUAACCUUUGGCGCUGACCACUUCUUAAGGACUGGUGCAUCAAAUACCUAAAGGUACUGCCUGCCAUACAUGUAGAUCCUUUGCAAUUAACAGGCUGUGUGCUAAGAAAUGUCUUCUGUUCUAAUGCAUGUCAUAUAACAGUGAUAACAAUGUGCUUUUUCUUGAGAGUUAUCCAAACAAAACAAUGCUCAGUCUCUCUCUCUCUUUGUUUAUUGCUAUUUAAUUUUUCUUUUUAAUGAUCACUGUGACUUGAUCCCAGUAGAAUUGAAAUCAAUUUCCUGUCGGGUAUAAAAAUAUCAAAUUAUCGGUAGCACCACUCAUACUGAUCACUUGUAAAGUGAAUUAUGCAGAAAUGUGUAACAGUUAUUUCUUACAUCUAUCACAUGGAUGAUUCUAAUUAGUUCAUUAAUGUUUUGUGGACAUUUUAUGCUCUUUCGUGAUGAAUUUUUUUUUUUUUUUUUUUUUUUAUUAUACAUAAUCAAUUUAUUUGAUUUGCAUUCCAUUUUUUAUGAAAUUAUUUAAUUGUCAUAAGCUUGACCUCAGUUGGGAAUGUGCAAUUGCUUUAUCAAGCUUGAGUGUAGCAAUGGAAGCAUUUAUAAACAGCAGUGUUUGGCCAGGUUGGUACAAGAUAGAAUAUGGAAUAAAAAAUAGAAUUGUACACAAUAAAGAUUAGCUCAAAGCAUUAAUUUCUGGAAUUGUGACCUUUUAUUUCCGUAUUUGUUAAUUUGUAUUAUUUAGUGCAUGUUAGUAAUUGAUGAACACAUUGUGUUAACAGUGGAUGCUUUUGGAAAUACAUAGCAAAGUUAAACUCUUGUCUUCACUACAAUACAGUCUUAAGAUUAGAAUAUUUUGAACUAGCCAAAUAUUAAACUAAUUCUACACCAAUAGUUCGAAGGGUGACCUUUGAUUUAGAUGGUUUUACUUUAACAACACUGUUGUAUAUUAAAAGGAAUCUCUGCAGUAACAUGGACAGAUUGAAUGUCAAUCUCUACUGGUUUUCUUGUUAAUUUUCUAGUUAAUAAUUUACUUUUUUUGAUGUACACCAAUGAAGGCCCAUUUCACGAAAGUACUUUCCUGUAAAUUAUUUAUUUUGUUGUUUGUAUAUUCUGUACAUUUAGCUUAAAUUGUUGUAAUUAAAUGAAUUUAUAGAAUCUGUGUAUAAAUGUGUAAACCUGUAUAUCUUUAUCUAUUGUAUAUGUAUUUCAUUAUCGAUUCUGUACAUGUAUAAUCUAUAAUUAAUUGCACAUCUGGUAACAACGGUGAUUGCCUUCAAUGACAGUUGUUUUGACUGAUAACAAGUUGUACGUGCCAACAAAACAUCACUUAAGAAAUAUUUCUAUGUAUCCCCAGAUGUAAAAUGAUACAAACAAACAAAUCAUUCUUAUUCAUCCAUAAGUACAUGAAGAGUUUGGGAUGUAGGAAAAAAUUAUAAAGCAUUAUCAUUUACGUAUUUUAAGUUCAGUCUGUAACUGUGAUCAAACAAACUACUGGCUGGCCUACAGACUUGGCUGGGAAUCUGUAUCAGACUGUGGUUACCUUUGUAUACAAUUAUCAGACUGGUUACCUUUGUAUACAAUUAUCAUACUGUUGUUAACUGUGUAUACAGUUUAUGGAAAUGGUGUUCAUUCAUUAAAUAGGACCAGGCCUGGUGCAUAUAAAACUUUUAGACUCGAGACUAAUAGUCUGAGACAGUGACGUCGUUUGAGAUGGAGUCUGAGACAGUGAUGUCGUUUGAGAUUGAGUCUAGACUUCAAAAGUUUUAUAAGCACAGGCCCAGGUGUGGAGGAAUAUACUAGUAGUAAGCAUAUGAAGGACUUGUGCCCUGCAGAUCAAACAUUUUAUCUAGAUUUGAACUUAAACCUGCAGCCUGUACUAUGAUAGUGUGUAAUAAGUUAAAACUGCAGCCUGUACUCCGAUAGUUUAACAAGUUAAACCUGCAGCCUGUACUCUGAUAGAGUGUAACAAGUUAAAACUGCAGCCUGUACUCUGAUAGAGUGUAAUAAAUUAAAACUGCAGCCUGUACUCUUGAUAGAGUGUAACAAGUUAAACCUGCAGCCUGUACUCUGAUAGAGUGUAACAAGUUAAAACUGCAGCCUGUACACUGAAAGUGUAAUCAGUUAACAACAGGACACCUUUAACCAGACACAUUUUAUUAUGCACACAAUAAUAAUAAAAUAUCAAAAUACAAUGUAAAAAUAAGCAGGAACUAUGAAAGACUAUCCAUAUGCUUAUAAAUAUAAAUUACAUAGAAAUAUACAUGUAAUUUUUUAUUAAGAGUACUUGACUGGCUUUGGCUAUGUUUUUGUUGGUUAGCUUCAUGUUUCCUUCAUAAUCUUAACUGCAAUCAAAUAUUACAUUUUAGCAAAUGCUAAAGAUAUUAAAACAAAAUUCUCAUUGAUAUCUGAAGUAUCUUGUUUCAUGGUAAUAUGUGAUCAAUUACUCCUAUUUUUGUUUUGGAAGUGCCCACUUUCCAUUAAUGUGAUUACAUACACAUGUUUAUUGAUAUGGUACAUAUUGAGUGCCUUUUCCACAGGUGAAAAAUGUAGGAUAACUGUGAGUAAUUUUUGCACACAAUGACUUUCUAAUGUGGAAGCAUUGCAUACAGCUUAAUCGAGAAGGUAAAUCUCAAACCAUGCCGUACUAAGUGUAGGGGAACUCACUCCAGUUUAUUGGGCGACAUUCUGACAUAUUUGUGGUGCUUUUCACGAUUCAUUUCUACAUGUAACUCCUUGACUAGGUGACAAAAUGUUCUGUGCUGUCGUCUUCUCUGUAAAAUCUUGUGCACUUGCUACCUAUUACUUCAGCGCUGGUGGGUCACCAUGAAUUUGUACUGCAUCAUACAAAUUUGCUAUUUGUUUUUUGUACAGAUACAUGUAUAGUACACCAACUGCUGGAAGACAUUUCCUUUCCGAGAACACUUGUGUAUUUCUCCCCCCCCCCCCCCCCACCCCCCCACCUACCUACCUGGAAAGCUUUAGAAUGGAAAAUUGAUUGCCAUUCAAUAAAAUGUUGAAUAACUUUAUGCAAUUGCUGACCUAGAGGGGUCUUCAGCUCGCCUCGAGUUUGCUCAUGGCAAAGACCAUGUUUAUGUAAGUACACUGCAACAAUGUCAAAUUGUCUAUAGAAAUAAAAGAACACUGAUUUGGAAAUGCACAUUUCUGUGCAUGAAAUCACAUUAAUGUCAAAUUAUAUGUAUGAUAUAGUGAAAAAACUGCCCUGGAAUGAUUAAUUAUGGAUAAUGAACAGUCAUUACUCUUAGUUGUUGUUUUUUCUUUUAAUCUUGUAAUAAAAAUUUCACUUAUUGAUUUUUUUAGCCCAAAGCUUACAUUUGGAUAAGAAUCUUUUGUUCUUGAAAUGGGCAUACAGUGGCAUACUGCUGCAACAGUUUAUUUAUCAUGUGCCGAUUAUAUACACAUGGUAAACAAAAUUCAUGUGCUAGACUACCACAUGGCGUUAAUCAUGUGGGUAGCAUUUGAAACCAGAUUCAAGAUUCCUAUAAUGCCCGUAUUGCAUAGGGAGUAUCAUCAAGAUAGCUUUUAAAAGUGGAUGUUAUGAACAGUCUUACAAUACUGUUACUGGUUACACUGUUUUCACCCAGCUCUGUGCAAUACUUAAGGUCUGAUCACAUUGAAUUGUUGUUAUAUUUUAUAGAAUGCUCUAACCAUUCUUGGGUGUACAUUUUCACUGUAUAAUUUUGUGUGCAGUAGCCCUUUUACAGAGGAUAGUCAUGAUUACUAGUGCAUCAGUAGAUUAUUAUGCUUUGUGUCAAUUUGUUUCUAGUUGGUGCAUUUAACAUCCAGAUUUUAUCACAGUUGCACAUGGUAUUUUGUCAUGUUAGAAAAUAAAUCCUUCCAUGUA